UGCCCGAGGAGGUCCCCACAAUACAACUCGAGUCUCGGUUUCUCCUCUGGUGUGAUGCAAGUCGUAUGUGGGGUGUGUACCCUUCUACUAGGGGGUGUCUUCUUUGCAUUGGUCUUGGACGUUAUUGACACAGGAGCAGGAGUAUGGUGCGGGGCGUUCAUCUUCAUACCAACUGGUGUUCUCGGCAUCUUCAGUAAAGGAAAACGAACAGGACUGAUCAUAGCCUAUCUGGUCAUGUGUCUCCUAUCCUGUCUUGCAAGCUUAGUAAUGGCUGCUUUUAUAUUUUACUGGACCUGGUACUGGGGAGUAUACUGCAGCAGUCAGACUAAGGAUUGCUCUCACGUCACGAUUUACCAAGCGAUCCAGGCUGUCAUUGGAAUCCUGAUGGUUGUUGAGUUUGUUGGAGCUACUUUGGGAGCACAUGGCUGCUGUCAGGUCGUACCAAGCAAACCAACAACUCGUAGAUCUGACGCGGUACAUUACGAGUCGCGUCAACCACCUGCAAACAUCAACGUUAGGAUUGGAAAAGGAGCAGAAUCCAACAGACGUUACUGAGAGAGUUUCAGCAAGAGCAAUUCUUCAUAAAGAUGCAAGCCAUUGUCGUAUAAGCAACCCGGUGAUAAUACUUCACGUCGACUUUUUGAACACAUGAUAGAAAUUUCUUGUAAAAGUUAAAAAGGCAAUUUCCCUGGACGUUCGCAAGCAUUUCAUUGUUUCCAUAUUUAUUUAUUUAUUCAUUUAUU